AUGGCGUCCCAACACAUUCUAGCCACGCCGCCGUCGAAAGACGCCAUCCUCAAUUCCCUCCUCGAAAUCGUCCGCGUUUACAAUGCGCACCCACCGCCCGGACGCGACGCCAUCGUCUUUGGCGCGUGCGAACUCAACGCGGAAAUGCCUCUGCUUCUCAACCCACGUAGCUCGCGCCUCGCGUGCAGGGAGCCGCCUUCCGAAUUCGAGGCCGUCAACGCCCAUUUUUCAGCCCAAGUGCAUGCUUUUUUCGACGCAUUGCACGACCUCGAGGAUACGGCAGACAAACCAUCCUCUGACAACCUAGAUCUCUGUCGUCCUGACGAAACCCUUCGGCCCGUCAUCCGUAUUUUCAACCAGUCCUUCGAUAUCUACCCCCGCUGCUACCACCGUCACUUCCACACCCGCCGCCUCACCAUCCAGAACCCGGAGCGUCUACCCCUCCUCAACCGGGUCACCUCCCUGCGUAUCCUCCCCUACCGGGCCAACAACUCGGACCCGGCCCACAGGCGACCUAUCUCACUGCGUACGCCGCUCGACCUUGCUACCCGCCUCCCCCAGCUUCGCGAGCUAGACUGUCCCUGGCUAGGGGAGCGCCUUCCCAUCGCCUUUAAAUCCGAGGCACUGCGCAUUAUUUUCCGUAUCUGGGCAGGUCCCUGGCGCGACGACCGCGCCGAGUUUGGUCGAGCUGUGCGCGCGGCUUUACCCUUGUUGUCGCCCUACCUCACUAAGGCCCGUCUUUGGUUCUGGAAGCCGAAUGCGUAUGGGGAUGGAAUGGAUCAAGCGGCGCAGAUGCCCGAUCUUGUUGGCUCGUCCCUGUCGUCCUCAGCCGACGAGUCUGAUGGUCUGGACCCUGUGUCUCUAGGUCUACGGGACCUGGGAAGUCGCCUGCAGGAACUGGACAUCUGCGCGUUUAUCACCCCGGAACUUUUCCCCGCUGGCGACGGUCUGUCAUGGUCACACAUGCGGCACCUCAAAGUAGAAUUCCACCCUUGCGCGCCCAACGGCCGCUGGUACUUUUCCGGCCCCAGAGGCGAGAAUCCCUACACAACAGGUUUCGCCAUUACGGGAGAGCAGCACUACCCGCCUGGGCAGGAAGACGACGACGAAACGCACCAGUUGCUGUCCGACGAGGAGGAUGAGUACUGGGGCGACGAGGGUAUAUACAAUACCCGCCAGCCCGAUAUGUUCCGUAUACGCCCUAUCGCGGAGCAUAUCAAGCCUUUGCUCUUGGCGUUUGCCUUGUCUCUACAACGGCAAAAGAUGCCCUCUCUUCAGGAAGCCGAGCUGUUUACGUGGCUUACGUGGCGGCCCUCGAUGGAGCGGUGGGAAGAGUAUGAAGGGAGUGAUGAGGUACCGCCAACUUCGGAUGAGGAAGAUACCGUGAUGUUUCGAUGGGGGGUGAGAUACGAGGCGCCUGCCGUUGGUGGGGAUGAGAAAGGAAAGGUGACGUGGCAGGUUGGUGAGGACUGGAGGCCGGAUGACGAAAUCAUCCAGGCAUUUGGGGAUCUCGUGGGUGGCGGCGGGGAGAAUAUGGAGUGGAAAGGGUUUGAGUUCCUGGAGAGGAGGAACCAGAAUUCGAGUGUCUAUGUGUGA